AUGCACCGUUGCAAAAAUUCAAAAUUAAGCACAUUGCAACGUGAUUGUCAAUAUGCUUUUGGCUAUGAUCCUUUCAUUGAUAAUUACAAGGUUAUUGCUGUUUUAAUUUAUACUUUGGGCACCGACUCUUGGAAAAAGAUUAAGGACUUCCCUUCUUCUAAGACUCCUCAUGGCAGACGGAGACGGGGAAUAUUCGUGAGUGGCACGGUUAAUUGGUUGACAUACGACGAUAAUUCAAAGAAUUUUACUGGCAUUGUUUCUCUUCAUUUGGGAAGUGAAUCUUAUCAAGAAAUACCACUGCCAGGUGAUAAUGUAAAUUUUAAUACUUUGACCUUGGAUGUGAUGAGGGAUUGCUUGUGCAUAUUUUCUCAAGAAAGUGUUGAAUCUUUUAUUGAUGUUUGGCUUAUGAAGGAAUACUACGUUAAUAAAGAUUCUUGGGUUAAAUUGAUUAGUGUUCCUCACAUUGGUGAUUCUGGUUACUUUUCUCACCCUGGUGGUUCUGCUUACUUUUUUACCAAGAUACUGGAUAUUUCCGAGGACAACAACCAAGUGUUGCUUGUCUUUACAGAGCUUGAUAAAUUGAAGUGGGUUGUUUAUGAUUGCAAAAAUAAAACUCCAGUGAGUUCCAAGAUUGAAGAUUUGAGUUGGGUAGAAUCAAACGUCUAUGUUGAAAGUUUGAUAUCACCAUAAGAAUUUAGAUGAUGUGCUAUGUGACUAACUAGUAUGAGAUUCAAUCCAUCCUUCUAUGUUUAUUUGUUAUUUUAUUUUAUGUUUCUUUUUAGUGUUGGCGAAUUCAUGGAUCAUUGUGUCUUUUAUUUUAUGUUUGGAUCGUUGUUUCUUUUUAGUUUGGGUUAUUUAUCUUGAAUCUUGCUUUGAUGGUGUGCAGUUUGAUUUUGUAAGAUCGAAAUUAGGAUUUCGAUGUUAUUAUGCCAACAGAAUAUA